CAAGCCAGCCCGAGAGAGAGAGAGAGAGAGAGAGAGAGAGAGAGAGGAGUGAAGAAACUCCGGUUGGAGCGAGCGCGAUGAAGUUCACGGACUCGCCGGUGAUCGAGCUGCGCGUGCGCGACACGCUCCUCUCCCUCCACCAGGACAACGGCUCCAUCCACGUCGGCACCUCCGUGUGGCCCUGCUCCCUCGUCCUCGUUAAGUUCGCCGAGCGCUGGGCCCACUCCCGAGACCCCAACCCCUACGCCGCCCUCCUCGACUUCCGCUCCAAGCGCGCCGUCGAGCUCGGCACCGGCUGCGGCGGCGCCGCCAUGGGCCUCUUCCUCCUCGGCCUCACCGACGUCGUCCUCACCGACAUCCCCGCCGUCAUGCCGGCCCUCAAGCACAACCUCAAGCGCAACAAGCCCGCCCUCGGCAAGGCCCUGAAGACCGCCGUGCUCUGCUGGAACAACCCCGACCAGAUCAAAGCCCUGAACCCUCCCUUCGACGUCGUGAUCGCCACCGACGUGGUCUACAUUGAGGAGUCGGUGCGCCAUCUCGUGUCGGCUACGGCGGCCCUCGUGAAGCCAGACGGGGUUGUCCUGUUGGGGUACCAGCUGAGGUCUCCGGAGGCGGAUAAGCUCUUCUGGGAGCUUUGCGAUGAGGCCUUCGACAAGGAGAAGGUGCCGCACGAGCACCUGCACCCUGAGUACGCGUACGAGGAGGCCGAUGUCUUCAUUCUAAGGAAGAAGAGGAAUCAUGAGCAGAAUUCGUGAGUUUGCUACCUCAGCUGUCUCUGGUUUUUGCUGCUAUGCUAUGUUUCAAUAGGCUAAGGCUUCGAGGAAUUGACAUUGCGACACGGGAUCUGCUUAUUCCUGUUUCUUGUCGUGCACAUGUUUUGGGUUGAUUCGACUUGUUGAUCGGACUGCGUAAGUCGGUAUGCGAGUGUGCAUAUCGAUAGCAAGAAGUGCUUGUAGCUGUAGGAUACAUCAUCUGAAAACCGACACCUUCUUUGUCUGAAAACAAUGAGAACUUUUGCCAUAAAGAUGAGUGACAGAAGGCUUGAUUAUGCUCGCAAUAAGCCAAUGUCAUGCUUAGUCUAACAGGAACUUCCGAUACUCGGGUGUAAUGCUUUCCCAUCCAAUUGUACCUUUUGAUUAGUGAUCAUGUAAAAUCUCUACUGUGUAAAGUACAUGCCAUCGCCAUAGAAGCCAUCCUCAAGUGUGACAGUAUAUGUGCCUUAGUUUAUUAA